UAUGGAAACUCGACAUUUACCCAUAGCAUCCCGGAUAAUUCCUCUUGCUUUACCGAAGGGGACCGAAAAGUUGUGUGAACUUUGUCAAAACAGAGCCUACCUUCAAUGCGCACAGUGUCGAGUCACGUUUUACUGUGAUGCUACACACCAGUUUGCAGAUUGGGUGGGGAUUCAUGAGAAGAUCUGUCCGCUGCUGGUCCCUAUCCGCACAGAGACGUUGGAGAGUUUCAGUAAAGAAGGCAGAAUAGAAAAAGACAUUAAAAAGAGAGAGCUGAUUGCCAUUGCCAGGUCCAUAGCUGAGGGGAAGUUGACUGAGGGGAAGCAUGAGGAGGCCCUUCCUGCAGGUCAGACGUGCCUCCACUUCUGCAUGGACGUGUUCGGGCCCUGCAGCAUCCAGCUGGUCCCUGCAUACCUGCUGUUGGCAGAGGGCUACAUGGGAUUAGGAAACAUCUCCUCAGCUGCUGAGCUGCUGUCCCAGGCUGAGUUGUCCGUGUCCAAAAACCCAGACUGUGGCCAUGACCUGCAUCACCGCCUGCACCGGAGUCUGGGCCGGCUGCAGAGCAUCAUGGGAGACCUAGAGGGUGCUCUGUUUAACUAUGCUAAUGAUAUUUACCAUGCUGCUGAGGUGUAUGGGCUGGACAGCACGGUUUGCAGUAAUGGAUACUUUCUUUUGGCCAAUAUUUUUGCCAAACAAGGGAAAACUCAAAUUGUUCGGUCCAUGUAUAAUGAGGUGGCACAAACCUGGAAUUCUCACUUGACUAAACUUAUAGAACCCUUUUUAGAGAAUCCUACUGCAUCUUUGGAACCAACUUUUGAUAAAGCCAAGCAAGUGGAAGUGGACAAGAUCUUGCACACCAUCUUAGACUUUGAGCGGCACCAGAGCAGGAAGGAGCACGCCUUGAUGGCGCUGGCCUCCCUCUGUCUGUCCAUGCUGUGGUUUAUGGGAGGUGACCGUGUCAAGGCAAGGGACUUUGGACGCUCCGCCCUUCAGUCCAGCCAGAUGAGCCCAAACCAGGAGCUGAGCACAGCCGUACAGAAGCUACUGGACCUGGUGGAGACGCGCCCCCAGACAUCUGAAGCCAAAAGGUCCAAAUAG